CCGUAAGUUCUGUUUAAAAUUCCAUGGACGUUUUAGCGAAAGUUCGUGUUUUCUCACGAGCCAGCGACGUGUCAAACGCAGUCAAACGAUCAUCCUGAACAAACAUGCAAACAUGAUUGCGUCGAACACACCGUUAAUUUAUUUCACAUACUUGAGGGAAUAUUACGGAAUAUACUCUUUCUGAGAAUUUUUUUACGCAGCGCUAUUUCAAUUUCCAUGCUUUCGUGUACUCUCCUUUCACUUGCAUCACUGAGAUUUUACUUUCCACUUUUCAUAUAAUCUAUUCAAAGACGCCGAAUUUUAGAACGACUGAAAGAUGUUUCUUUUAAUUCUACAAAUUACUUAAAAAUUAUGCAACUUUGUUUCCAGCGCAAAACACCGUUUUCAAAGUUCUCUAGAAAGUAUUCGCAAUCCUCGUAGAAUAUUAAGCAUCAGCUAAUUAAAUAAAGCCAGUUUUAGUUCUUCAUAAAUUAGUGAAAAUUGAAAGUAGCCAUCCGAAUAAUUAAACCUUCAAAAAUGUCACAAGACAGGACGAAAGCUUCAAAAUCCGUGCAAAAGGAAAGGUGUACGCGCGAUUUUUGAGCAUCGUUCCGAAUGUCGCCGGAAACGCGGUUCCACGCCCAAAAGAUGACCCCCCCUUGUACAAGGAGGAAAGGAGCGUACGAUCUGUACGAAACCCACGGCGUCGAAGUCUCCGUGCUGGGCAAAUCUCACCGCUCGUCGGGUGGUAAAAGUAUUGGCACGAGGUGUCCUCAUUGUGUAUAUAUAGGGGUGCCUGCCAAGAAGGCACUGCAAUUCUUCGUUGAACGUCUGCAGAACCAACAUCGAUAUUUGUUGAAGUUUUCUUCUGUGGAGAUCAGUGCGCGUUUUGAAGCGCCUAAUUUUGUUAAUUAGGAUCGAACAAGUGUUGAUUGUGUCAGCGAAAAAAGAAGAAGAAUGAUAGCGCUCGUACUUCUUACCGCUCUCGUGGGAUUUUCCUCCGCCCAAUUCCAACCACAACCCAGCGGUAGGAUUUUGGAAUCACCAAAUCCAGUACUUUGCGCACAGAGAAUUAUCCAUCAACGAUUCAAUGGGAAAGGUUAUUACUUCUCGUGGGCCGAUCCGAGGACGGCCGGACAGGAGGUGGACUGGCUGUCGGGUAGAAACUUCUGCCGACAGCGUUGCAUGGAUCUCGUUUCUCUGGAGACUUCCGCAGAGAAUGAAUUCAUCAAGAGCCGCAUCGUUCAAAACAAAGUGAAGUACAUCUGGACCUCUGGUCGUCUGUGCGACUUCAAAGGCUGUGACCGACCGGAUCUGCAGCCUCUGCACAUCAACGGUUGGUUCUGGACCGCCGAGUUGCAGAAGCUCGCGCCGACCAACGAUCGCAGCCAAAACGACUGGUCCGAGAGCGGCGGCAUUGGCAAACCGCAGCCGGACAAUCGCGAGGCCAUCCAAGGCGGCGCUCCCGAGAAUUGCUUGGCGAUCCUCAAUCAAUUCUACAAUGACGGAGUGAAUUGGCACGACGUGGCGUGUCAUCACAAGAAACCCUGGGUCUGCGAGGACAACGAGUCUCUUCUGAAAUACGUUCGCUUCACUAACCCGAACAUUCGCAUUUAAUGGACAAAAAACUUUAAGGAAUGGUAGCUUUACUUUCAUCCGAGCAGGUUUCAACGUCUAUCAAGUUACAACGUUCAAAAGCCCGUCUAUGCGGCACGCCAGAGAAGCGACUGAGUAGUAUAUAGAGAACCUUUAUUUAUUACAACCAUAAUGUUAUUAAUACUCCCAUAUUCAUUUGAUCGAAAUGCAUGAAUUAUUUAAUGUGCUUUUUUAAUAAAAAUUUUACUAAUUUCUUCAUUCCCAACAAUACGACUAUUUAUAUAUAAAUAUAACUAGAUACAAAGAAUAUAUGAUAAAGUAGAGACUGCAGUUUAAAAUGCACAACAGUUACUAUAGUUUAUGAAAAAUUAUAUAAAGUUACAUUCUUAAAAUAAUAUAUGUAUACUAAUUGUACAUUCCAGAUAUAGCAAUAAAGUUUUACAAAAGCAUUU